AUGCCUGCAGCAAUAUUACCAGCACUUACAUCGGCGCCAAUCUCUGUUUCCGUCUUAACUAAUGGGGAGCCCAAUCAACACACCUACAGCAGCCUACAGUUCACCACAACCUCAUACCCUUCCAACUGCCUGCAUUUCUUGCGCCCCGAACAGAAAAUUGCUGAGCCCACUAGAUUGCUAGAUUCUGUGCAAGCAAAAUGUAAAUUGAAGGUCGUGAUUGUCGGCGCCGGUCUUGGUGGCCUUGCUACCGCCAUUGCACUCCGGCUUAAGGGGCAUGAUGUAACAGUCUUUGAGCAGGCCCCUCAACUAUUAGAGAUUGGUGCUGGUAUCCAGAUUCCUCCCAACUCGGGGAAGCUGCUCAAACGAAUGGGCAUCAUGAAGCACCUAGAAAACCAAACAGUGCAACCUGAACGAAUCAGCUUCCGACGAUGGCAAUGCGGCAAGCUCAUUGGCAUCACGGAGUUUUCGCCAGAGUUCACCGCCCAAUUUGAGGCACCGUAUUAUGUUGUUCACCGUGCGCAUUUGCACUCGGCUUUUUUCGAACGAGCUACCGAGCUUGGGAUCAAGACACGACUCAAUAGCCGAGUCGCAACGUACAAUGAAGACAAAGCAACCGUUACGUUAGCAGAUGGCAGUCUUAUCCAAGGUGACCUAAUCGUUGCCGCAGAUGGAAUAAAAUCCCUGGCUCGAGGACUCGUGUCCCCUGGCGUUCAUUCCGUUCCCAAGUACACAAACUUUGCAGUCUACCGCUCGGUCGUUGAUGUAGAGAAGAUAAAAGCAAUUCCAGAAAUCGCCUGGAUUCUGGAGAAGCCUGGGCUGAAUAUCUGGGUUGGCGAAAAUCGGCAUGUCAUGACAUACACUAUCGCUGCGGGCCAGUCAUUCAACAUGGUCUUGUCACAUCUGGACACGAGCGAUCCUUCCACAUGGGGCAAGUUGGAUGUCUUGAGCGGCAUGAGGAAGGCCUUUGAAGGUUGGGACCCACACCUGACCACAAUCAUUGGGUUGAUUGAAGAAACAGUGAAGUGGCCACUGAUGGACCUCGGUGCCCUUGAUAAUUGGAUUGGCCCCGCGUCCAAGCUCAUCGUCGUCGGCGACGCUGCGCAUGCCAUGGUUCCGUACAUGUCGCAGGGAGCCGCGAUGGCGGUUGAAGAUGCUGUGGGACUGGCAGUCUGCCUCAAUCGCAUACAAUCCGCUCAAGAGCUCAAGUUCGCCCUCCGUGUCUUUCAAUCUGAGAGGAUCAAGCGCACUGCGCCCAUGCAAGAAGCUAGCCUAAUAAAUGCGAUGCUGUUCCAUUUCAAGGACGGGAAGGAGCAGGAGGCACGAGAUGCGGCUAUGAGGGCCGAGGUCGAGGGAAAACACUACCUGAGCACCCCGAAUCAGUGGAGCGACCCUGUGACGCAGUGGUGGGCUUAUGGAUACGAUGCAGAAGCCGCAAUGGAGGCGCGAUGGGACUCAGCGGUGCAUCAUUUGAUGGUGGAGAACUGGAAGUCUAUUGCUUAG